GGACGAGAAAGGGAGGGUACAAGAGGGUGGGGGGCACCCGGAGCCCGCGCUCCGGAAGUGAAGCGGUCACUCCACCCGCUAAUGGAUGCGCGGCGGCCGCCCGGCAGACCGCUCUCGGCGCCAGGGACAGCUUGAUUUGGGUGAAGUGAAGACGCAUACAGACUAUUAUAUAGAAGUGGGAGACAUCUUCCUGAGCUGGAAACUGAAUACAUGGCUCCUUGAUUCUUGAGGAACAUUCUGGAACACAUAAACAGGCAUCCCCACCAUCUUGCUGUGUGACUCCCCAGAGGUUUGAGCUACAGUAGAAGCCACCUCUCCACUGACCGGAGAGAGCCAAAGUGACAGUAAGCAGGAGAUGGGAAAAGCAGUUGUUCCAAGUGCCUCGCAGUGACAAGAAUCAGCGCCACACAGCUGUCCCCAGCUCUCAAAAGGAACGAGCAGCAAACCCACUUCAGAGCCACAGGUAACUGUAGUACCCAUCAAACUUGCCGUGGGUCUGAAGACACACGGGAAGCGCCUGCUUCUUGAGACUAAGUCAAAGGACAAAGCGUUGAUCCACAAGGCUUUGAGCUGCUCCAGGAGUGAGCCAGGCCGGGCCUAAGUGUAAAAGCAUAGCCUGGGAGGAUGGCAGUGGCCCUGCUGGAGGGUUGGUGCGAGAUCAUGAGUGUAGAUGACCAGAAGGCGUUGAUGGUGACGGGCAUACCAGUGAACUGUGGUGAGCCUGAGAUCCAGGCGGUCCUGCAGGAGGCGCUCAAGUGUGUGGGCAACUACCGCCUGCUAGGCAAGCUAUUCCAGAAGCAAGACAACACCAACGCUGUCUUACUGGAGCUCACGGAGGACACGGAUAUGUCUGUGGUCCCCAGUGAGGUGCAGGGAAAGGGGGGCGUCUGGAAAGUGAUCUUUAAGACCCCUAACCAGGACACUGAGUUUCUCCAGAGACUGAACCUGUUUCUAGAAAAAGAAGGGCAGACGGUUGCGGGGAUGUUCCGAGCCCUUAAGCAGCAGGGAGUGUCUCCGGCUACCACAGCCUGCACAUCCCCUGAGUUACUGGCCCACUUUGUGGGGCAGGCAAUGGUUCACGCCCCAAGGCCCCUGCUGCCUGUGAAGUACUGUAAGCUUCGAGUGUUCUCUGGAAGCACAGACCCUGCCCCGGAGGAGGAGUCCUUCGAGGUCUGGUUGGAACAGGCCACUGAGAUAGCCAAAGAGUGGCCCAUCCCUGAGGCCGAAAAGAAAAGGUGGGUGAUGGAGAGUCUUCGUGGCCCCGCCCUGGACCUCAUGCACAUUGUCCAGGCAGACAAUGCUUCCAUUAGCGUGGAAGAGUGUCUGGAGGCCUUUAAGCAGGUGUUUGGGAGCCUGGAGAGCCGUAGGUCCGCGCAGGUAAAAUACCUAAAGACGUAUCAGCAAGAAGGGGAGAAAAUCUCAGCCUACGUGCUCCGGUUGGAAACUCUGCUCCGGAGAGCUGUGGAAAAACGGGCUAUUCCCCGGAACAUUGCUGACCAGGUACGCCUGGAGCAGGUCAUGGCCGGAGCCAACCUUAACAAUGUUCUCUGGUGCCGGCUCCGGGAGCUGAAGGAUGAGGGCCCACUACCCUCCUUUUUGGAGCUGAUGAAGGUGAUCCGGGAGGAAGAAGAAGAAGAGGCCUACUUUGAGCAUGAGAGCAGGGAGGAGCCAGGGGAAAGAGAGGGCUAUCGCCGCUGGGACAAUGCAAGGAAUAACUGAGAGACUUCCCGGCCCCCUUUCACCUCCUGGUGGACACAGGGACAGUGCUUGACAAGGCUAAUCUUAUUACAGUGGGUUUUUUCUCUAAUAUACAGGGUUGAAGUCAAGCAUUAGAAGCAAGUAUAAAUAUAUAUAUAUAUAUAUAUAUAUAUAUAUAUAUAUAUAUAUACAGGGUCUCACCUUAUAGCCCAGGCUGGCCUUGAGUUUGCACUCUUCCUGCAUCAAAGCCUCCCAAGCUGAGUCCUGGGAUUAGAGGAGCGUACCACUAUGAGUGCUCCAUCUCAAUCUUUCUUUCUGAGGAAAAAAAAAUAGCCUGGACUCUGAGUAGAUUGGUUUGGGGGACUCUUAAGUAGAUUGUUAGUAAAUACAUGACUAAGUUCCUAAAAUACCUAAAGCUUCUGUACUUCAGUGUCCUUUAAGCUCAGCAGGGUCAGCCAGGUAGCUCAGCUGAUCAGGUCGCUUGGCAACCUCUUCAGAUGAUGUGGACAGGAAAUAGAAACUGGCCAGGCAGGAGCAGGAGAAGUGACUCGGAGGUUAAGCACACUUGCUACUCUUCCAGAGGAAUUCAGAACCCAGCACCCACAUGGUGACUCACAACCAUCGAAACUCCAGUUUCAGGGUCUCCAACGCCUUCUCCUGGUCUCUUUGGGCGCUGCACACGUGGUACAUAUGCAUAUGUGCAGCACACACCUGUAAAAUAAAUCUUUAGAAAAGAAAAGAAACUGGCCAGGCAGUUUAGGGGCAUUCCAAGAGUGUCCCUGGCUCUCUGAUCCAUGAAUGUCAAGAAGGAGCUUUGAUUUCUCGUUGUCAGCUUCAUGGAGGUUACUUUGGGGUGGGACUGGGACCUCAGCCAGACACUAAUCACUUUGUAAAUUGCUUUAGAAGUAGAUCUCUAGAUUUUCCUGAUAAAAAUGGCUUAUAUCUGUUCCCCAAUUUUAGCCCAUCCCCUAAAUGAUUUUAGGGUUAUAUCUUCAGAGGAGGGAAUUUUAUAGUGGCCUUGAUCAGGUCUUUUCGGAGUCUCAUUAAGAGAAAAUCAUUGCCUUCUGGUCAGAAGAGUGGAAUCUAUCUACCUUUUGCCUAGGUGGAGACCUAACAUUCCAAACUAACCAAAAUAGAAGAGUUAAUCCAGUUGGGCAGGCCCAUCAGCUGACUAAUGGACUGCCCAUUAAGAAGACAGAUUCAUCCAACCCCAUGCUAAAGAGAUGGGAGGAAUAAUUAUCCCCUUAAUGAGAUCAUGUGCUUUUCUUUCCCAGAAUCCCUGGGAUCUGCAUAGUCACUCCAGAGCCACCACAAAAUGUAACUUCCACUUGUUCUUUUGCCUGGGGCCCAAGCCCAAGUAAGCUUUCUCUAGUACUUUGGGCUUUAUUUAUUUAUUUAUUUGCUCUUUCCAUGCUAAACCUCUACCUAAAUAAAAAAAAAUAAAAAAAAAAAGGCAUGGCUUUCUCUUCUAUGUCCCUCUUCGGGAAGGUUUGAUCCCCAGGACCCUCAUAGUGGAAGAAAAGAAUCAACUCCUGCAAGCCAUUAUCAUCACACAUACACACAUACACACACACACACACACACACACACACACACACACAUGCGUGCACUCACGGACAUACGCAAAUACAUGUACUGUCUUAAACCACACCAAGUAGAACAAUGUUGACUCAUACCAUAGAAGAAUGAAUUGACCUUAUUUAAAAAAAAAAAAAACAGGUUUGAAAGAUGAGGUGGAGUGGCUUGUUGGGACAUUUCCUGUCUCAAAUCAGCAAAUUCUAUGAGACUCUGGAAGCUUCCCCAAGCUGUCCUCUAUAGCUGAGCAGUCACAGACCUUACACUAGGGAUCUGGGGAGCUGGGAGGCAGGCCUUCCUCCACCAGAUGAAUUAGGACCAUCGUGCCCUUGGGUUUCUAAUGUCACCGGCAGUGUGUCUCCCUCCACACACACCUCCUUCUACUUCAUGUGGAUGGCUGCAGAACCAGCUGCAGGGUCAGUCUCACGACCCAUGGAUGACUGACCCAGUCUGUUACCAAGGGGUACACAGCUACAGAGAGAAAUCUUUGAGCAAAAGAUGGACUUUCAAAGACACGCACACAACUGGACAUGCACAGAGUGGCUGUGACCGUCACUCUGGUCUGCUGAACCAUGAAGACUUUAAAACUGGUGGAAGUGACCUUGCAACCUACUGAGGGCCACAACAUGCAAUGUGUUCCACAUAAAUCCCACUUCAUGUGUGCAGCAGUCUACUCUGUGUAGGGUGUUGUGUGCAUUCGUGGGGUGUGUGUUGGGGGGGGUUGCUGCGUUACUCUUUAGAAAGAGAAAGAAGCGGAGGUCCAAUGGGUUAAAUGGUCUCAGCAUCAAAAUGCUCAGAAGAGAUACCUAGACAGAAGCCCAGAACGGAUCUUGGGAACCCACCCUCCACCUGCUAUGUGUCACUCAAGUGUGUUUCCUUAGUUCUGUGGAAGACUGAUAUUAAGCAAAUGUGUUUCAAACUCCUUAAAUCUCAAACACAGGGCAAGGAGUUUCAAGUGUGCUGAGGAUCAAGGCUCAGCACACCAGUGUUCACUAAGUUUGCUCUUCUUUCCAGACUGACCCAUUUGCGGGCAUCGGUGUAUAUACUUCAAGCUCUCUGUGUCUGUACAUAGACUUGAAAGCUGUGACGUCUUGUGUGUGUGUGCCAGGUUGAGUGUGCUGGGACACCAUAAACAAACACCACGUAGUCACGUGCCAGGCAUAGCUCUGGCACAGUUCAUGCACAACCUCGUGGUAGAUUCUUGUGUAGUGUAAGCCAAGUUGCUUAGUCUCUCUGUACAUCAGUUUCCUUAUCUAAAAACGAGUGGCCGUUAGGAUCAAAUGGCACAAUGCCUUUUAAGCACUUCAAGCAACGUUUGGAACUUAGAAACCCCUCGAUACACUGAGGACCUUGGCGUUUUCGUGAUAGUUGUUGUCAGCUCAAUGCAUGCUCUCCCGACCGUUCUAACAGUGUGGAAACAAGUAGAGAUGUAACAGACUUCCCGCCGUGAUGCUCCCACCAUUGGGAAGCAUUUCUAGCUCUUUUACACGGGCUGUCUUUCGCAUCUGUGCUAAUAUUCCAGAAUUGGUUGGUGACCGUGAGUUGACUUGAUUUUGAAGGGAUAACCUGCUCUUCUGAAGUAAGAAAAGCAUUUUUUAAGACAUCAUCUGUGACGAUUUCUCUUUCUGAAAUAUGCAUCUCAACAGUUCCCAAGUAUAGUGAUGUGAUUGUCACAGCUGACUAUUAUAUCCUGACUUCAUGUGGCUUUCUGUUCCUGUGAAUGGCCUCACCAUUAUUAUCAACAGACUGCAAAAUUAAAUGUUACCUCUGUGAAGUUAUGAAAUAAAGUUUCAGAGU